UUAGCAUAAAAACAUCUCACACUCAUAAAUCUCAUAAAUCUCCACACUCAAAAAUCUCAUCUCAUAGUUAACCUUAAUCACAAUUUGGAAAGAACAAAUAGAACUAUAACAAAAAUGAGUCAACAACACCAAUACAACAUUCACAAAGCAUUCCUCUUCUGCAACUAUAUACUCUUAUCAGCAUCCUCUAGUUGCAUCUUCCUCACUCUCUCCCUUAACCUCUUCCCUUCAAUCUGUGGCUUCUUCUUCAUUCUCCUCCACGCGUUCACCAUCGCCGGAGCUGUUUCCGCUUCUGCAUCAUCAUCUCUAAGAACUAUUACAAGAUGGUAUUCUGCACACAUGGUAGUCACUGUUUUAACAGCUAUAUUUCAAGGUUCAGUUUCUGUGCUGAUUUUUACUAGAACUGAAGAUUUUCUUGCAGAGUUGAAAUCUUAUGUGAGAGAAGAAGAUGGUGCUGUUAUACUGAAACUUUGUGGUGGAUUAACUAUUGUUAUAUUUUUGUUGGAAUGGGUUGUUUUGAUACUUGCUUUUUUCUUGAAGUGUUAUUCUUACCAUGAAGGUGAUGGUGCUAUGAGGAGUGGUAAGGUUCAGAAUGAAGAGGAAUUGAAGGAUUGGCCAUGGCCUUUUCAAGUUUAGUCUAUUGUUCAGUUUAUAAGUCAUAAUAACAAUGAUAUUAAGUGCAAAUUAUUUGAUUUAUUUAUUUGUUGGAUUUGAAUGUUUGAUUAUUAUUACUCUGUUUUUUAAUCCUUUUAUUAUUCUAGUUUAAAUUUGUUCAUUUUAAAAAUAUUAGUAUAUAUCAAAAUUUAAGGGCUAAAUUAGAGUCCUAAUUGAAUGUGUGAUAUACUCCAUUGAAUACAAUUUCCCUUACUCAUGUU